CAAUUAUCACUGGAGUUGAAGAUUAAAAGAAAGGCUUUCAUCGAGUGCUGUGAUUUUCUAGUCGCAAUUAUUAAAACUGGUCAAUAUGAAUUUGAGCGAGGCGAAUUUCUCUCUACUGAAAUCAAGGACUCCGAACUACUUGGAUCAUUUUCUAUUCGUCCGUUCAAUAGUGGCAAAUCACGUUCUCUUCGUGAAUUGGACCCCGAGGAUCUAGACCAGUUGGUUUCAAUCACCGGUUUGGUUAUUCGUCUCUCAACUCUUAUUCCUGAAAUGAUGCGAGCAGAAUUCCGUUGUGCUGUUUGUGGAGCCAUGUCUAGUGUUGUCUGCGAGCGUGGACGUGUAGCUGAGCCCUCUGCUUGUGUUCGUUGUCAUGCGGCUCAUACUGCUCAGUUACAGCAUAAUCGGUGCCUAUUCGUCGAUAAGCAACUAAUUAAACUUCAGGAGGCGCCUGAGAGUAUGCCUGCUAGUCAAACACCUCACACUGUCGCUCUCUACGCUCAUGAGGAUUUGGUCGAUAAAGUCAAACCCGGCGACAGAGUUUGUGUGACAGGUAUCUACCGCGCUGUGCCAUUGAAGCUAUCUAAUAGGAUGAGGACUCUCAAAUCUGUCUACAAGACGUACAUCGAUGUCUUGCAUUUUAGAAAGGAACUCUCUGGACAUCUUUUAGUCGAAGAGGAAGAUUCUGUUCCAGAACAGGUUGAUGAAAACGAGGAUGUUUCACCAGGUAUACUUCGUCAGCUUACUAAGGAACGAAUUGAGCAGAUUAUUGCUCUUUCGAAAAAGCCCGAUCUCUACGAACGUCUGGCUUCGGCUAUCGCACCAAGCAUUUACGAAAAUGAGGAUGUCAAGAAGGGGAUUCUUCUUCAAGUUAGUUAA